AUGGCCAAGAAGCUCAACCCCACGCAGUUCACCAAGGCGGUGGUGCGCUCCUUCAUGGCCGACUCUGGUCUCGAGCCUCGGCCACGGUCAAUGCUGACAACGGCACAGUUCCGUGUUCUGAGCGCCGCUGAGGGAAGAGUCGACUUUGAGCUCGAUAUCCACAAGGACCACACCAACCGCCUUCAAACCAUCCACGGUGGCACCAUCGCCAGCCUAGUCGACCUCGGCGGUUCCCUUGCCGUCGCAUCAACGGGCCGCUUCGCAACCGGAGUGUCAACCGACCUCAACGUCACAUAUCUAAGCCCCGGUGGCCGCGUGGGCGACACCUUCAAGGGCACCGCCAUCUGCGAAAAGAUUGGCAAGACCUUGGCGUUUACACAGGUGACAUUUACCAACAGCAAGGGUCAGCUCGCCGCGCGAGGAAGCCACACCAAAUACGUGGCUGGCACCAUGGGCGAGGCCGGCCCCUUUGUUGCUCCCCCCGAGUUCUCAGACGUGGACUAG